GAUAGAGAGAGAGAUUGAGAGAGAGAUAGAGGUGUACAUAUCCGUUUAUAUCAAUCGUUGUUUAUUAAUGUUGAAGCAUGCUAUCAUCAUCAUUAUCAUACGCUCAAACCUUGACCUAUGAAUAGGCGUGCCUAGGCUACUAAACUGCUUCAUUUAUCUAAAGACAAACGGGCGGAAAUUGAUACAGCCGUUAAAAAAAUGCCUCAGCUAAAUAAAUACUGGAAUGCACAAGGAGGGACCGUUCUUUCUUUCAGCUGCGCCAAAGUAGCACAUGUUGGACUAUAAUAAUUUAUAGAUAGCAUGACAGUAAACAAGCAACUGCUAGAGGGAGCUAACACGGAAAACGAUUUGAUACGAGAAGAAAACAUGCAUCGAUACCUCCUUUCCUAAUGCUAGUGGAUGCGUCUAGGUAAAUAAGCUAGGCUACACCAGGAACAAUGUGCAGUGGCGGCGGUCAUCAUAACAACGCAUGGAUCGCCACCUCAUCCUGCCAGCUUCUGUGUUGCGGUGCUCUGGAAUCGCCUAAUAACAAUCUCAUUUCUGACAUAGGCUACAGCUUCCACAACGCACCACGCCUCCUCAUCAUUGAACGCACCUCGAUUAACCAUCUUCGCCAGUGCACAGUGUGCUUUUCAAAGGGGAGCGAAAGAGAGACUGAUCCGCAUCUCCUCAUGUCGCGGAGAAAGGAACAUUGGAUAGACGAGGCAAGGAUGGGUGGUUUGACACUGAUUCUGCAUCCAUGAGCGCCUUCACUUCCAACAGAGUGUUGUUUUUUGGACCAGGUACCACUGGAUAGUUCUGGUGAGAGAGAAAGAAACUGCUGUUAAGAAGUUUGGAUGCAAAUGGCCACAACCACCAUGAUCUUUACGAUUUUGGGGGCUUCACUUGUGAUGGCAGUAGCGUGUCUAACGGACAUGAACGCUCUACUAGACCGCUUUCACAACUACAUCUUACCACAUUUACGAGGGGAGGACCGCGUCUGCCAUUGCAACUGUGGAAGGCACCAUGUCCACUAUGUGAUCCCGUACGAUGGGGACCAGUCUCUGGUAGACUCGGCAGAGAACUACUUUGUGAGUGAUAGCGUGACCAAGCAGGAGCUGGACCUGAUGCUGGGGCUGCUGCUGGGCUUCCUCCUCAGCUGGUUACUGCUGUGGCUGGACGGGGUGCUGCACGCUGCCCUCAGGGCCUGGAGGGCCAAACAGCACCAUGAUGUGUUCUCCUGGUCAUGGGUUCCCCGCUUCUGUAACCUGAGAGACCUGGGGAGAUGGGUGCACCUGAGGAAGCUGGAGGACUCCAGUGGGAACAUGGUGCACAUUAAGCAGAAGCUGUACCACAAUGGACACCCCAGCCCUCGUAACCUCUGAGAGCCAUUGCACAUUGGACACCCCAGCCCUCGUAACCUCUGAGAGCCAUGGCACAACGGCCACCCCAUUCCACAUCACCUCUGAGAGCAAUGGAUUGGCUGAGACAGACUGAGACCUGCUGUCAAAUGACCAACCAGACUUCAGCCGCAUGGGCAACUAAACAAUGACUAUUCAAGAUAUACCCUUCAAACCAUACUGUUUCUUAUGGACACUGGAUAGAGCACUUUCUCAAGUGACCCCAUGGUCUUUACCCACAGUGCACUCCUCACCCUCCAUAUUUUAUGUAAAAAGAUUAUAGUUAAUGAGAAUCCAUUUAGGAGGGCGUAAGCAAUUUUCCAGAGUGUGUUUGUUUUUAAAAAUAGCUAUAUAUAUUAUAUAUUUAGUUUUAGAAUGUCAAUUUUGCUAGAAGUGGGGAUAGGGUGUAUUCAUUAUUUUGCUUGGGUUUUGUCAGUUUGUAGAAAAAUGUGUUUAUUUUGCCUGAAGAUGUCAGUUUUGAAAUUAGAAUAUUUAUUUUGCUCGAGGUUGUUUAUUUUUGACAGGGGUUUGUGUAUUGGAAGAGGUACACUAUAUAUGCAAAAGUAUGUGGACACCACUUCAAAUUAGUGGAUUCGGCUAUCUCAGCCACACCCAUUGCUGAUAGGUGUAUAAAAUCGAACACACA